CAAAAGCCAACUCUCAUAUGGAGGCUCGGAGAUUGGCCGUUCUCUAUUCCCAUCUUUUCCCCUCCCGUUCGGCCCCUCUUCCGCCCCUUUCCUCAAUCCUUUCUACUUCCGCUUGCGCUUCCCUGAUGAACGACUGCGUUUUCUGUCUAAUUAUUCGCGGCGAAUCCCCGGCUUUCAAGCUGUACGAGGAUGAUAUGUGCUUGUGUAUAUUGGAUACCAGACCUUUGAGUCGUGGGCACUCUCUUAUUGUCCCAAAGUCUCAUUUUUCUUCGUUGGACACAACACCACCUUCUGUGGUAGCUGCGAUGUGUUCAAAAGUGCCUUUUCUUGGCAAUGCAAUCAUGAAAGCUACUGAUUCGGAUUCGUUCAACUUGUUGGUUAACAAUGGAGCAGCUGCUGGUCAAGUUAUAUUCCAUACACAUAUUCACAUAAUCCCCCGUAAAGCAGGUGAUUGCUUGUGGACCUCCGAGGUAUGCUUCACUUGCUUGUUUAUUUACUUGCAAAUGCAGAAAACGGAAGUAACCUUUAAUGGGAUUAAAUAUGACCAGCUUCUAGUUUUACAGAGUUUGUAUCGGCGUCCUCUAACGAUAGACCCGGAGACGUCGAACCUUGCAAAUCGUGUUCGAGAAUUGUUGCUAAACGUUUCCGAAGAGAGCAAAGAUCAAGUGUCGACGCUGUCUUGAAUCUUUGGGGUAUCAUAAUAUAUACAUAUACCUUUUCGAUUUAUCUUAUGUACCAUAGAAGUAGGUAGUCCAUUCUUUCAAGAAUCUCGUUGGUCCUUCACAAUGUUGUCGUCUUGUCUGUUCGGGCUAAGUUUGAAGCUUGUUGUUUCACUAUUUAAAACCUAUUAAAACGCUGAAAAUAGAUGUUUAUAUUA